AAGAAAUGGAAAGUUUAAAAGAAAAAGAAACCAAGUCAUACAAAACACUAGAGAAACUGUCUCUACACAUGAAAGAACAUGAAAAAAAAUUACACAAAAUAAAUAAAGAGAUGCAAGCUAAUACAGAAGUAAGAGAUGGUAUGAAAGAAGAAAUUAAAAGCCAUUCUGAUUUGAUUGUUUCUUUACAAGAUGAAAAUAAUAAAAUCUUGAUAAAAACAUUCACCGGAUUUGAAAAUGUGCAAUCAAUGCACAGUGUAAUGUACAAACUCCUACAACAAAGAUUGAUGCCCAUUGACAAACUGAUUCAAAUCUUUAACCAGAACCUGAAAACUAGGAAAGAAAGAAUUAAUAAGCUGGGUGAAAUUGAAAAUAGUAUUUCCAAGUUGUCCAACAAUUUUGAUCUUAUCGAUUCACGUGUAUGUAACAGAUAUGCUUGUUAUGUGGAGCUUGCUGAUCCCACACUUGUCUGUGUUGGAUUAAUUAUUUCAAGCUUUAGUGAAGUACGUGAAUAUAACGGUCAACAUUUUAAUCAAACAACAGGAACAUUUGUAUCACCACAUGAUGGUUUAUAUCUUGUCUGUGUCACUCUACAUGAAUGGGGAGAUAAACGGAUAAUAGUUCGUGUGAUGGCUGGAGACGUGUGGUGUAAGUCUAUAGAAGUGAAAUGUGCCGACACUAGCGCUGCUGGGUCAGUGGUUGUUGACAUGAAGAAAGGUCAAGAACUUUACUUUCAAGUGUGUAAAGCAAAUCAAGACGCAGCUUUAUCCUGGCUCAGUAGUUUUACUAUCGUUAGUUUAUAGAAGUACAACACAAAACAUGGUAAAUUCUCAAACAAUAAAAUAUGUAACCACCAUGUUAAACACACACUAACAACUUAUUAUGUGUGUAGACUACAUGCUUACACAAACGUCAACGGUUUAUGUGUUAUUUCUUUAGUCAUCACUACACAGUUCCAUCUAAUUCAAUGCCAUCAUCAUCUUCUCUUUAUGUGAGCGCUAGGUGUAUGAUCACAAUCUUUUGUUUUUGCAUACCUUCAUUUUAUGAAGAUGAACGUAUUGUUCUUGUUGAAUAUGUAAUUGAAAUAUAGAGCUUUGACACAAAUAAAAUUAACUAUUUAAAAAACGAAGGCUUGAAUACGUUCACUAGACAAAAUAAUAUUUAUCAUAAGUAUUAAAAAAGAUAAUCCAA